CCCACCUCCCACCUCCCACCUCCCACCCCCGCCUCACCAUCAACCUCCCUGUCAAGUCCCAUAUCGCUGCCCUCAUAGCUCCAUCCAAUCGCUCCAGAGAUUUCCUCCGCCGUGUGCGCCCAACGAGGCAAACAUUCGACCAGGAAAAUUCAGCGCACCAUGGGGAUCCCGUUCCUCGUGUCGAUCGAUUCGCAAACCCUAUCAUCCCUCUCAUCCCCCGCCUCCGCAACAGGUCUCACUCUGACACAGAUCUCCUAUUUCGGUCGAGUUCUCCUCAAAGCAUGUAGUCUGGAUCGUGCUAUUGCAUUUAUUGGACGUUCCUCUUCUCUUCUGGAUAUCUACAUUGAUGCAACUGCCAUCGAAUCUGCCGGGGACGUAGUUGACAUCCUCAACGCAGGCGCGUCAAAAGCCUUGGUUACGCCAGCCCAAUUGGACACCUUAUCAACGGAACAGGCGGUCCCCUCGUCGAGGCUAAUCGUUUAUCUCUCAUCUGCGAAGGAGGUUACGGAGCUGCAGAGCUGGGUUGCGGAGAGUGUUGAACGGAGGAAUAUCGGUGUCCAUUGCGCACUUUCUCCGGCCAUAGAUGCCCUCGUGUCAGAACUGGGUGAUAAAGGCAUUGUCAAGGAAGUUUACCGGUCGUAUGACGGCGGCGCGGCGGCUAUACAGGCGACUUUGAUUUCGAGUCAGGCGGAAAAUGCUGUCAAUAUUGUUCCAUCAACAGCCAUAUCCCUUGAUAAGGAUGACGCAUCUUCUCUCGCAAAGCUUCUGGUUGCAAGGGCCACCCCAGACGCUACUACAGGUCUCUAUACUACAGUAGUGACGGAUGAGAGGGGAAUUGCAUUAGGCCUGGUUUACAGCAGUGAAAAUAGUAUUUCCGAGGCGUUGAAGACGGGCACUGGUGUGUACCAGAGCAGGAAACGCGGCCUCUGGUACAAGGGUCAAUCGAGUGGGGAUACACAAGAAUUGGUCAGAAUUGAUUUCGACUGUGAUAGUGACUGCUUACUCUUUGUUGUAAAGCAGAAAGGGAAAGGAUUCUGUCAUUUGGGAACAGCCAGCUGCUUCGGCCAGUACAGAGGGCUGUCUCGUCUUCAGAAGACCCUACAAGCUCGUAAGGAGGAUGCACCGUCUGGUUCUUACACUGCUAGACUCUUUAAUGAUCCGAAGCUCGUUCAGGCGAAGAUCAUGGAGGAGGCUGAGGAGCUGUGCAAUGCUACUUCAAAGGAGGAGGUAGCAUUUGAAGCAGCUGACCUAUUGUAUUUUGCUUUGACCAAGUGUGUCGCUGCUGGCGUGACCCUGGAAGAUAUCGAGAGAAAUCUUGAUCUGAAAAACCUGAAGGUGAAACGCAGACGAGGCGAUGCCAAACAAGGCUGGGCUGAAAAAGUUGGCCUUUCAUCGGCAAAGGAAGAGCAAAAGAAAACCGUUGAACGUGCCACAGAUGGUGAUAAAGCUAUGGGCGAUCCUACUCGCAAGAUUGAGAUGCAGCGCAUUGUGACUGCAACUGCCACCCAAGAGACUAUAGAGGACGCUUUGCAACGCCCGUCGCAAAAAUCAAAUGACGCUAUCGUGGCUCUAGUUAAACCAAUCAUUGAGGACAUUCAGAAGAACGGGGACGCAGCAGUCUUGAAAUAUACUCACAAAUUUGAAAAAGCUACCUCGCUCACCUCUCCCGUCCUGAAAGCGCCAUUCCCAGAGGAGCUGAUGCAGAUUAGCCCAGAGACUGCCAAGGCGAUUGAUGUGAGCUUUGAGAACAUCCGCAAGUUCCACGCUGCGCAAAUGGAUGACAAGCCAUUACAUGUCGAGACAAUGCCUGGUGUCAUUUGUUCACGAUUCUCUCGUCCAAUCGAGAGAGUUGGCCUGUAUGUCCCCGGUGGAACGGCAGUUCUCCCAUCCACCGCAAUGAUGCUUGGUGUUCCCGCCAUGGUAGCCGGAUGCAAGAAGAUCGUUCUAGCCUCCCCACCACGAGCCGACGGUAGCAUCUCGCCAGAAAUUGUAUACAUCGCGCACAAAGUCGGGGCAGAAAGCAUUGUGCUUGCCGGUGGCGCGCAGGCAGUCGCGGCCAUGGCGUACGGAACCGAGAGCGUCAGCAAGGUCGACAAGAUCCUAGGCCCGGGCAACCAAUUCGUAACCGCCGCGAAGAUGUUGGUUUCAAACGACACCUCAGCCGGUGUCAGCAUUGACAUGCCAGCAGGCCCCAGUGAAGUUCUCGUCGUCGCUGACAAGGAUGCUAACCCGGCCUUUGUCGCCUCCGAUCUCCUUAGCCAGGCAGAGCACGGUGUCGACUCCCAAGUUAUCUUAAUCGCUGUUGACCUUGAUGACAGCCAUCUGAAAGCGAUCGAGGAUGAGUUGCACGCGCAAGCUAUGGCUCUGCCACGCGUAGACAUUGUACGCGGUGCCAUUGAUCACUCCGUCACCUUUGUCGUCAAGGAUGUCGAGGAAGCUCUUGCAUUGAGCAAUCGGUAUGCGCCCGAACAUCUUAUCUUACAACUGAAGGAUGCAGCGGAUGUUGUUCCCCUUGUCCAAAAUGCGGGCAGUGUCUUCAUCGGCGAGUGGACACCAGAGAGCGUUGGAGAUUAUUCGGCUGGUGUCAACCACUCUCUUCCAACCUACGGAUAUGCCAAGCAAUACUCUGGCGUCAACCUCGCCUCAUUCGUCAAACACAUCACCAGCUCCAAUCUCACAGCUGAGGGAUUACGCAAUGUGGGCGGGGCGGUUAUGCAACUGGCGUCAGUGGAAGGGUUGGAUGCCCAUCGUCGCGCUGUCAGCAUUCGCAUUGACCACAUGAAUCGUGCUAAGAAAUGAGAAACGCAAGUCCUUUUUUGACUUGAUGCCUGGGCAUAUGUGAUAAUGUGGCUAUUAGCUUUUCGGCAUAUCUCGUUUUUACUUUCCGGGUGGCUCUUUUAUUUUCUCUUUGCUCUCUCUAGCAUUUCUUUUAUUUAUUAUGAACUAUCUUCUUUUCUUCUUCUCGGGUCGUGACUAGAUGGGUGGCAAGGGAAAAAUGAUAUUUAAAAAGGAGGUACCAGGAAACGAGAAAAUAUAAAAGCUAGUGGGAUGAAAAACAUGGGAGGUAACAGCGAUGAAUUGAUUUAUAUUGUGAGCCAUUGGUUUUAUAGAUAAUUAACUAUUGCCAAGAAUGGUAACGUUAACUAUUCAUAUUGUUCAGAAAAGUGACUGACCAGUA